AUGGGUUCGCCGAUUUCGGGACUCAUAGCCGAGGCGGUCCUUCAACGGCUGGAGUCGCUGGUUUUCCGACACCACAGACCGAAAUUCUGGGCUCGGUAUGUGGAUGACACCUUCGUCGUCAUCGAACGGGAUCAGGUGCUGACUUUCAAAGAACAACUCAACGCCGUCUUCCCGGACAUUCAAUUUACGAUGGAGGAGGAGGAGGAGGAAAACAAUCAGCUGGCCUUCCUGGAUGUCCUCGUCUUCCGCAAAGAUUGUGGUGGCCUAAAAACCAAAGUGUUCAGGAAAGCGACAACUACGACGCAAAUACUGAACUUCAAUAGCAACCACCCGAUCAGUCACAAACGCAGUUGCGUAAGGGCGCUAUACCGGCGUGUUGAGACGCACUGCAGUGAAAUGGAAGACAAGGUUGCUGAAUUACAAUAUCUUCGACGGGUAAUGAGAGCUAAUGGCUACCCGCGCGACUUUGUCAACCAGUGCAUACGAAAAGGACACCAGAGACCAAAUCCAACUAGCCCCAAAUUUUGGCGGGCUCUUCCGUACGUGAAGAACGUCUCGGAAGCCGUCAGUCGUCUUCUCACUCCACUUGGAGUUGGGGUUGCACACAGGCCGGAAGCAACCAUUAGGCGCCAAGUAAUGAGGCCAAGAGACCCGCUGCCACGGCAGGAAACGUCAGGAGUCGUUUACCGGAUCUGGUGUAGUUGCGGACAAAGCAAUUAUGUCGGAGAAACUGGGAGAUUACUCCGUACGCGACUUGCCGAGCACGCAGCAGCAGUGAGGCGGGGAGACGCUAACUCUCAGGUGGCGGCACACUCGACGGGACCCGGCCAUAUUUUCAAAUUUCAAGAGGCCGAAAUCCUCGCAAGAGGUGACAACCGCGUGAGCCGCGAGCUGCUCGAGUCAUGGUUCUCAGGCCCGCAAUCCAUUAACAAACACAAUGACCUCCCGGUGCCCUAUUGCGUAUUGCGAUUUUCCCUGGGCAGGAGAAUCAGUCACGUGGGGAGGGCGCGGGUGAGCAAUUAUCACGGUGACAGUGAGCCAGUUUGCCGAGCAAUCGUCACACCAGCAUCGAGCACGGAUGACGAAAUCGCGGCAAUUAACAACUCGGACUCGGACCGCCAAGCCACCGCCGCAUCAAUUACGACCCCAGCGGCGAUUGUGAGAACUGUUAAUUGCAGCGCGCAUACGGUCCUACGGCAGCCACGUGCUAUAAAUACUGCACUCCUGGUGCCACAUUCACCUCUAUCUGCGAAUGUCUCUGAUGAUGGAUUCGAGUGA